CGAAUUCUUAUUGAUAAUGACAUUCAAUUAUUUAAAUAUUUAUUGCAUUGUAAAAAAACAAUCAUAAGAAAUCGCCUCUCCAUAUCUGUGAGAACAGGAAGUUCUGAUCUCGACGAAGUAAUCGGUCAAAAGAGUUUUCACUUCAAACACGUGUAAGUUGGGUGUCUACAAAACGAAGACCUAAAACCUGUGACCCCAAAAGCUACGACCCCCAAAAUAUUGCCGUUAUUAUUAAACCUACCUUGUUUCCCAAAAUGGCUACACAGCGUUUUCAUGCGGAAUCAGUGAUCUUUAUGAGAUAAUUAGCUAGUUCAAUUUGUUUUCAGGUAGUCGUUUCUUAAAACGCUGAUAAGCUCAGAAACCCGGAAAGUCACACGGUAAACUUUUCGGGUUUUUCUUAAAAAAUCUUAAUUGCCCGCCAAAGAGCUAACUUACGGGAAAUCGCUUCAUGUUCUAGUUGUGUCGAGUUGUAGAAAGUUUUCAUCACAGAAAAAAACAUUCCACUGCCCGGUAUAAAGUGGGCCAAUCAAGGCUAACAUCAAUAAGGUUUCAUCUCAGUUUAAUGAUUUGACAUUUAGCUGUCACAGUGCGCCUAAAAAUAUAUAAACAGCUUUGCGAAAUUAAGUUUUUCUACAAAAUGAGACUUUAUUUUACUUGUUCUUUGUCUUUCAUUUGAAAAAUGCCGAUGCAACGGUAAUGUUUGGGGUGAAAGUUGUCUACAGACAUCGACAAAACUAGGAUUUCAAUAACUACUACUAUAAUCUUCAACAGUCACGACACGUCAAGACACGUCUGAGAUGGGAAAGCACAAGAAAGAAAAAAAACACAGGAAAUUCAAGAAGAGAGAGCAUGAGGAAUAUGCUAAAAAAUGGGAAAGAAAAAGAAAACAAGAAAGGAGUUGUCCUCUUUCGCCAAUGUCUAGCAAAAAAAGGAGGCGAGUUCUACGAUCGCCCUCUUCAAGCUCUGAUUCAUCCUUUUUUCCGGGUUGAAGGGAGGGAGGCGGAGAUCUCGCUAAAAAUAUUUACAUAUGGGCCGUUAGAAUGGUUACAUCAGCUGUUGGACUGGUGCCUCUCCAGCAGAAUAUGUCGAUGUAUGCCAAUGUGUUCCGUCUGGAUAAGAAGUGUGAGAAAGAGAAUUUCCCCGAGAGGUUUGACGAACACAAAAGACAGAUAGAACAUCUGGUCGCGUUUUUAUUAGAUCAUGAAGAAAAGGCAAAGGAGAGGACAGGGAAGCUGAGCACGAAUGGCCCUGACAUGACAAUUCCACGUUGCACCCGCCAGUCAUUCCAAAUCGCGCUUGACUCACUGACCAGCCUCGCAAACACCUUAACAGAGAUCGGCGAAGAGCGAGUCCUGGAGGAGAUCAGAUUUGCGAGUCUGACAACUCUUUCUGUCGAGUGUUUCUUCAAAGCCAUGCGUUCCGAUCAUGACAUGCCAACUAUUGUGGAGUAUGUUUAUAGACGAGCGCACUGUGUGGAAGAUGACAUGCUCCGAAAUUACCAGAAGCAUUUUACAUACUUCACAGGGCCGAACUCGUUUUAUCCGGAGAAGAUUAUCUCGGGCGAUCCACCAAGUCUGAUGCAGAGGCCAUCCAAGAAAACGCAGACGAAAGAGGGGACUGGUGAUGAGACAGAAGACCGCAGACUUGCAGAGACCAUGCGGGAAUUUACACGGGAGUAUGGGAGAGGAGUGCGACAAGCAAAUGUCCGAGCUAAGACAAAAAAGCUGACAGGAACCCUUCCAUACUCACUGAGUAUGCUGCCUGACCGAAUCGAAACGGGCUCAGACGACGUGCUAGACUUCGUAAGUGAAGCUCGAUCAACAGUCACAGUAAAUGACACCGGUGGAAGUACCAGGGUGCAGGUCUUGUACUACAAAGACGACAUCGUCGCCGUCAGACACGAUUACCGACGGAAAGCAUCUCCGUAUUGGCUCGCCGUUAUGGUUUUGAUAACGUUUUGGUCAUCGCUGCAACUGGACGAUUCCAAAAGAACAGCGUAACUUUCAGAUGGCUCGAUCAGACUAAUGACCAUCUGAAAUAUACCUUCGACGAGGUAUGCAACGGCAAUUCCCCAGAUCUCUGCUGGCAAAAGUAGAAAGCCUCACCAUUGAUGACCAGACCGCAACCAUAACUCCCGAAGAAGACAUAAUAAUAAUUCAAGUUUAUUCACAUAUGACCUCUCUUAGUGUUUCGACUGAAUUACAGGUAGAGACACAAAGCUAUACUAGCAGCAUUACAUUACAUUAAAGUACUUGUGCGUGACAAAGUAUCUUAGUCUGUUGGUGCGCGAAGACUGCAGGCUGGCCGAGCCCCUGCCUGAUCUUAAAGCGUAGGUUAUUGCCCUAGUAAUCGUUCCACAUCAGACACGGAAAGACACGGAAAGAUGAGAACGAAGAAGGAAAGUGGCUGGCUUCUUCUACCCCCCACAGACCCACAGAAGCAACAGAAGAGUCGUUCCCGAGGAGAGUGGAAGGCGUUAGUUUAUCAGGACGCUAAACAAUGCGUUUCAUUUUACGAUAGUGAUGUCUACUUUAGUUAUUGUCAUAGGCUCGUGCCAAAAUACUUACCAUGGCUCUCCCAAACUCGCCCUGAUAUUCCACCAAAGCGGGCCACAAUGGCACGGUCAAACAAAAUAUCAGAGCCUGAUAAUGUGUUUUGAUAUACAAAGAAGUAGGCAUAUUCUCAGCAACAUUUAUUGCCCGAUGAGUUAAUAAGGUUUCCUUGAUCUAUUAAAUUUGCGACUUUUCGACUUAUAUCGAAGCAUAGUUAUCCACGUAACGCACAGACAAAAGAUACAGUAUGCUUUGAUAUGCAGUUUUGUUUUUUGACAGUAAUAAAAAAACUGUUUCUUUUAAAAUUUCUUGAUGUGGUCUACACAACGAGCGACACAACGCAAAACGUUUA